UGGAACAUUACCUGAACUUAACACAUAAAUGUAAAUCAAUUGAAGGGGUUGUUAAGCCUGUGCUCUGCUCUGCAGGUGCCAUUUGACCGAUAUCUCAUGACGUCACCUGUACACUACCUUGACCGUUUCUAAAAGGCUAUGAGCGCAGAUCCGGGAGUUGAACAAGUUGAACUGCUGAGCAGUCAUGUUUUUACAGAAAAAAACAACCGUGUAAAUACGUUGAUAGCUACACGUUUUAUCUAUAGGAAAUUAUAUUUUAUUUUCAGUUUUGAACGGAAAACUGUUUUCUUUCGCAGAAGGGGAGAAAGUGGGGAACGUUUUCUUUUCGUACUCUUUGUAACCAUACAACCACUUGUCGAACUAUUGGGAAUAUCUAUGGUGGAGUUUACAGCCUAUUCAUACUGCUACCCCGGAGGGAACAGCGAGCCUCGAGAGUAAUCGCCGAGAUUGUAACUUCAUUUUUUCUCACGCUUGACUUGACAAGCAGUCGUACACCUGUUUGCAAAAGAGAGGCUGGGGAUAAGCCUGGGUGGCAAGUUGACCAUCACAGGAGCUGUGAAGCAGGGCCACUCAGCUACCUCUUUACAUUUUCUACUUUUGAGCCAGAAAACAUGACUGAGAAAAAGAAUGGAGGCGCGGGGGUGACCUUCCUGACCCCAUGUCGCGUGGCGGGCGUGUGUCUGACCGUGGUGCUACUUGGGGGAAUUGGAGCUGCUGUCUGGGCUGUAGUAACAUUUUGUAUCAGAGAAGAAGACACAGGAUUAUAUGAUGUCCAGGUGAACUCCAAUCCAAGCUCGGACCUACGUCUCCGGGUGUUUGACUCGGCCGAGCGACGGUGGAGACACCUCUGUUCCUCAGAGGCCAACCAGCUCCUGGCCAACAUCAGCUGUGAGGAGAUGGGCUUUGUCAGCGUGGUGAAUUACUCUGUGUCCAGUAUCCCUGAAGGCAGUAAUGACCGUGAGGAGUUCUUCUGUGUCAAAGAGAAGGAGCUGACCUAUGGAAAGAAGAUCAAAGAGUCUCUAUAUCCCUGUGACUGUGAAACUGGCCAGGUCCUAAGUCUGCUUUGUCAAGACUGUGGCAGGCGUAGUCUGACAGAGGACCGUAUAGUAGGUGGUGUAGAUGCUAGACAGGGUAGCUGGCCGUGGCAGGUCAGUCUGCAGUAUGACGGGGUGCACCAGUGUGGAGGCUCCAUCAUCUCAGACCGCUGGAUCGUCAGCGCAGCCCACUGCUUCCCAGAGAGGAACCGUCAGGUGUCUCGAUGGAGGGUGCUACUGGGCUCCAUCUACAACAAGCUCACCCAUAAGAAUGUUAGAGUUCUUGAGGUAAAGACUGUGGUGUACCACAGCAGCUACCUGCCCUUUGUAGACCCCAACAUAGACGACAACAGCAGAGACAUCGCUGUCCUGGCUCUGGCCCAGCCUCUGCACUUCACAGACUACAUCCAGCCGGUGUGUUUACCCCACUACGGGCAGCGCCUGAUUGACGGCCAGAUAGGGACAGUGACAGGCUGGGGAAAUGUAGGUUACUAUGGUACUCUUGCUGACGUUCUUCAGGAGGCUAACGUGCCGAUCAUCAACGACGCUGUCUGUAACGCCCCUGAUUACUAUGACAACCAGAUUACCACCAGCAUGUUCUGUGCUGGCUUUGAGAAGGGUGGUACCGAUGCCUGUCAGGGGGACAGCGGGGGCCCAUUUGUGGCUGAGGACUCCCUGUCCAAGGCCAGCCGCUACCGCCUGCUGGGGGUGGUGAGCUGGGGAACAGGCUGUGCCAUGGCCAAGAAGCCUGGCGUCUACACCAGAGUGUCCCGCUUCCUACCCUGGAUCUCCUCAGCCAUGAGAACGUAUCACAAUUCACCAGGAGUGCACAAAAUGGCGCGUACAUGGGAGCACUGACCUUUAAGUAUUAUCCAUUCAGACUUACUGCACUUCACCUGUCCAAAAACCCAUCCUAUUAGGGGAACCUUGUGCACAAAUUGGAUGUAUAGGUAAAUUCAGCUAGAUUACCUGAGGAAACCCUUGAAACGAUAGCUUGACCAAAGAAUAAUCAAUAGGUGUAUGGUCUUGUGAAAUGAGAAAGCAUCAAAUGAAAAGGCUUAUGGGACUUGCAAUGACAAAGUCAUAGAAAAUCGCCACUCUGCCAGCCAAUGUACAGGUUGUACUGUCAUGGGGAUUAUUUGUAUGUCAUUAAAGGGUUCAUUUUUGUAUUCAGAGUUUUCUUACAGUUUGACUGUUUUCAGGUGCAACAAACGUAUGAUACACAACAAGCCUGUGUAUCAAAAUGUAAGGCUCAAACAGAUGUUAAAUAACAUUCUGGCUGGUUUUGCCAUGAAGUUUCUCCUUUAUAUGAUUCCCUUGAACAAAUAUUGCCAAAGUUACUGAAGAGAUUUUAACAUAGACAACAUGUAGCUGAAAUUCCCUAAGACCUCAAAUGUUUGUAACAAAUAAAACAUUGGUGUCAGAUAUUCAGCUCUUGAAUUGUCUCUCUAUCCUUUGUUUGUAUCACAGAUUGCAGUUCAGAGUGACUGUUACCUUCUAUAAUGAUACAUGAUGUUUCUUAGUUUUGUUUUUGGUGGGGACAUGAAAUUUAGGGACAAGUAAACAGGUGAAAUGUAAAGGAUAUUUCUAUAGCCUGUGUAGAUUAGAAAUUGAGCUGUUUGAACGUAUGAGAUAUGCGUAGUUAAAUCAGUGUUGUAUUUGUUUGGCUUUAUUGUAAAUAUUAGUAACAGAUUUUUUGAAAAUGGAUGUCUAUUUGUAAGCGAUCCAUGGAUUUCAAUCUCAAAUGUGCAAUAACAACCCGAAUGAAGUUCUUAUUUGCCAUUUCAGCUUCACAAGUUACUAGUGAUUAACGGUGAACAACACCAAGUCAUAUAACAUAUUCAUCACAAGAUGAUGCACUACACUACAGAGAUCAUACUCAGCUGUGUGUUGUCAGUUAAGGGCCUAUUACCUGCUGAGAACCACAACUACCUUAUUGGUAGAGAAUUAGCUACACAGCAACACGAGAAAAACUCUGUAUUGUCUGUUGAUCAUCAUGGCUCAAUUUGCUGUAGUUUAUUGUGAUGUAGUUUAUCAAGCUUAUUUGACGGUCUUUAUGCUUUCAUUUCCUCGUUUUAUAUUGUUUGAAGUCUAGUCUCUAUGCAGAUGACUUCAACAGAUGUGAAUGUAUAUAUAUUUUCUGUGAAGAAAUUAUGAAAUUCUUAGUAAGAAUGUUAUUGUUACUGAUUUAAACUCUGCUCCUUCUGUAAAUGUAAAUUGUCUAUUGAAUAUUGUAUUGAAAUAAAGAUUUAAUUUAACAAA